UGCUCUUCUUUUUCCUCCUCUGCACCGAGCAACAAGAGCCCCAAGCCCGAUGCACCUCCCUUUGAGAAAACCGAAAUCCGGAUCUGCUUUGCUCUGUCCGUCCGGUUGCUGCUCUUGCCGGUUUGUGGGUGCGAAUUCUGGGCAUUUUUAGAUUUCCCUUGAAUUUCUCCUGCACUUGCCGCCGGCCUCUUCCCCCUGCCAGGUCCGGUUCUGAAGCUGGAAUUUCUGGAAGCGAAACUGAGGACGGAGAAACCACGGCGAGUGAUGAGGUAGAAGGCUAGCCAACUUGUAAAUUGGAAUAGAUUUAGAUAUAAAUCAUGAUUUUGUAAGUUAGAUUGUAUCUGGAGAUUUUAUGAUAUCAGAGAAAAUAUUAAAGAUUUUAUUUUCAG